UACAAGUGUGUCCGACGGCUUCUGGAUCAGCGACAGCCGACACAUCCGGUUGACCAUCGACCGAGAAGAUGCCGUGCGAGCUGCGUCACGAGCUGAUCGUGUGGGAGAUCCUGGUCCGGCUGCCCGCCAAGUCCCUGCUGCCACUACGCUGCGUCUGCAUGGCCUGGCGCGACACCAUCUCCGGCGCCGACCGAUCCUUCUCUCAGGCGCACCUCCGCCGGCUUCGCCAGCAAGACAAGAAGCUCUGCAGCCUGCUCAUCACACCACGUAUCAGAAGCGAAAGAAUCAAAGGGAAGAUAGCCACCCCUGGACUUUACCUGUGGGAGGAGAGCCGGCAGGGCGUCGCGACCCUCUUGCACGACACCUCCUCGUUCCCCGCAGAGGAGGCCAAGACAAGACAUGCUUUUGCCCACUGCGACGGGCUCGUGCUCCUGCCCGCCGAGGAUGCCGUCCGCGUGCUCAACCCAGCCACAGGCCGAGUCCUCGAGCUGCCCUGGAGCCCCAACGGCGUUGCGCCGGGACGGCACUUGGUAGCACCAGGACACCAAGCGUUGGGCUUCGGGCAGGACCAUGGCUCCAAUGCCUACAAGGUCGCUCGCUUCUUCUAACGUGAAACACGUGUUAUGGGUGGUAUUGGGAUGGAGGCGUUCACUAUCGGAAAGGACCGCUACUGGCGUGAGACAGACGAGCAACCUCCAUACCCAUUUUUAGUAGGGAGGAUUGAGACCUUCUUUAAGGGUUCCUUGAUCUGGACAGUUGACCAGUACUCGCUUAUCUAUGAAUAUGGUCACUCGCUUUUACAUGAUCUUGCAGGUAUGCCGUGUUUUGUCCGGUUUAGCCUCGAAGACGAGUCAUUCAGCAUCAUGACGGGUCCUCCAUGGUUUGAAGGGGGCGACUAUUUGGAAUCCAGAUUAGCUGAGUUGAACGGUGAGCUAGCCAUCCAUCGUCUAGGGCCCAACUAUGAAUCGAUUGAGAUAUGGAUGUGCCAUGAUGCGGAAGGCAACAACCCGCCACGGUGGGAGCAGCGCCAUGCUUUUGACUUUGCGGGUUCUGUUCGUCUGAUGGCAACAUUGGAUGAUGAGAUAGUGUACCAAGGCGGAUCAUCAUAUCUCUGGCGUCAAACCCGUGAAGGAAAUGAUAUUAUGGUUUGCAUAACUGACUUGAAGUAUUAUAGCCCCGACAUGGGCACACUUGUU